GAACAGAGACCAACUGUUGUAAUUUGGAUGGCCACUUGCAAGCUUUUAAGAUCCCAGGCACUACUUACCAAGCUGGAGAGUAGAACAGAAACUCUAAAAAUAGUGUUAGACCAAUUGGCCGAACAGGUCCACGAAGCCAUGACCCUAAGCCUUCAGGAGAACUAAUCCCAUGAGGUGUUUGGUUGUACCUAGGUGGUUUCAGCAACUGCAUCCUCUUUUUUUGUUGUUGCUGUUGUCGUAAAAUUAUAUAUAACACAAUAUUUGCCAUUUCACCCUUUUUCUGGUGUGCAAUUUAGUGGUAUCAGUUACAUUAAUCCAGUUGUGUAAACAUUACCCCUAAUGGAUGCCAAUUUUCCCAUCGCAUGGACAUAAACUUGCUACUUCCCAGAGAAUGAUUCCCUUCUCCCUUCCCCCUUCUGCCUCAAGUAACCACUAAUAGUCAUUGGUCCAUAUGUAUUUACCUAUUCUUGUCAUCUCACAUAAGUGAGGUCAUACAAUAUUUGUCCUUUUGUGAUUGACUUAUUUCACAGAUUAUUUCUUAAAAAGAGGCUACAAAGCCCCCCAGAGCAGGGUUAGUCCGAGGAGUAAAUGUGGAAAAGGAAGGGAAGCUGGCCUGGCACAGAGAGUGGCACACUGUAGGUGCAAGCGUCUAUCUAGGGAAAAUAGCACUUAUGGUAAUUCGUUUUAAAUUGCUGAAUGAUCUCUCACAGCUGGCAAUGGGAACUGCGAUGACCAAUAGAAACUUCUCAGUGGCGCCUCUCCUCAAGCGGUUCCCGGGGCAUGUGCCCUACCUGCCACACCUUAGUUACGCCUGCUUCCGACAGGUGCACACUGACUUGGUUACUCGGGGGUGGGAGAGCAGGGAGGAACCUGCUCCAUCCUUCGAAAGGUCUGACUGUCUAUCCUAGGCAUCACUGCACCCCAAGUCCGAGAUUGGAGCUGGAGGAGCCUCAGUCCGCAGUGAGAAUCCACAGCCAUGUCCAAACCCCUACUCUCCAAAAGCACUGGAUUCUGUGGCUCUGCACCGCGCGGAGGAGAAAGCAGACCACAGGCCUGUGAGGAGGAGAGGAGAAAAAGGGAACUAGGGGUGGAGACUUGAGAGGCUGAGAGGCUGGGCCAGUAGGCCUUUUAACCAGCCUGGGCAGGCUGCACCGGACGCCAGCCCUGGAUGCAGUGCCUGGCCCCUGUGGUCCUGGCAGCCGACAGCCUGGCCAGGAUGCAGCAGCAGCCCCUGCCUGGGCCCCUGGCCCCGGCGUCAGAACCAACCAAGCCUCCCUACAGCUACAUAGCACUGAUCGCCAUGGCCAUCCAGAGCUCGCCAGGCCAGCGGGCCACACUCAGCGGCAUCUACCGCUACAUCAUGAGCCGCUUCGCCUUCUACCGCCACAAUCGGCCCGGCUGGCAGAACAGCAUCCGCCACAACCUGUCGCUCAACGAGUGCUUUGUCAAGGUGCCCCGUGAUGACCGCAAGCCAGGCAAGGGCAGCUACUGGACACUGGACCCCGACUGCCACGACAUGUUCGAGCACGGCAGCUUCCUGCGCAGACGCCGGCGCUUCACCCGGCGGGCAGGUGCUGAGGGCACCAAGGGCCCUGCCAAGACCCGCCGUGGACCCCUCCGAGUGACCAGCCGGGACCCAGGACCUCCUGACGCAGCAACUGGCAGGCAGUGCCCAUUCCCACUCGAGCUGCAAGAGUCCAAGGCCCUAAGCUUUGGGGGUCUGGUGGGGGCCUUGCCAGCCAGCAUAUGCCCAGCAACCACUGAUGCCAGGCCUCAGCUGCCCACAGAGCCCAAAGAGAUGCCCACACCCAAGCAGGCAGGCCCAGGGGAGCUCCCUGUGGCCACAUCGCCCUCCCCAUGCCCAGCAUUUGGCUUCCCUGCUGGCUUCUCUGAGCCUGAGGGUUUCGGCAAGACCCCGACACCCAUCUUGACCACCGAGGCAGGCAUCGGGAACAGCUACCAGUGCCGGCUGCAGGCACUGAAUUUCUGCAUGGGGGCCGAUCCAGGCCUUGAGCACCUCUUGGCCUCCACAGCCCCCUCCCCUGCAUCCCCCACCCCAUCAGCCUCACUCCGGGCCCCGCUGCCCCUGCCAGCUGACCCUAAGGAACCCUGGGUUGCGGGAAGCUUCCCUGUCCAGGGAGGUCCCGGCUACCCACUGGGGCUGACCCCCUGCCUAUACCGGACACCAGGAAUGUUCUUCUUUGAGUGAAGGCAGCCUGGCCUUGGGCAGUCCCUGCAGGACCCCUGCAACCACCACUCUCCAGGCUGCGCCUGACUAUGGGACCAGGAGAGCUCUUGAAGGACCGAACCCCAGCAAGCCAAGGACAGCCAGGACAGGAAGCCAGGAUCAAAGCAGUGAAAGCUCAGCCAGGCCCCCAGGGCCUCAGGACAAACUUGGGGGUGAGGGGAAGCAGGCGGGGCCCCUUGGGGUUUACUCUGUGGCUCUCAGGGCCAAUAAAGCCAGUGUGGUGAUGAGGG